GCCUUGGCGCUUCAGCGCGUGAACGCCUCUUUCCUUGCACCUAAUAUCGCCCCUUUACCCUUCACUCUUGCUUUCUAAAGCGAAGCCUCCAAGUUUGCUUUUCGAAUAAUCCAAGUUCUUUAACCUUAUUUCUUACCUGGCAAGAUGUCUGAAAACGGAUCUGGUCCGGGAGCAGCGCUCCCAGCUAUUCCUCUCACUGUAUUGUCCCAUGGUCAUGGGCUAUUUGACAACGGCUCUGCAGCAAGCAACAUGCCUCUUGCUAGGGAUGCUUCUGGUCCAUCCGACGGUGGUGGUGAGAAUCCAGAAGCUCCAGAGCGAUUUGUAACCACCCAUGAAGGCGAAACAGAAGUGACUCAGCUUCCUAUUCAUACAGUUCGACGUAAACUGAGAGGCAUUCAUAUCUUUAUGAUUGCCGUUAACGGUACACUUGGUACAGGUCUUUAUGUUCGAAGCGGCCAGAUCCUCGAGCUUGGAGGACCCUUGGCUGUUAUCUUUUCCUUCCUCUUCCUCGGAAUAUUGACUUGGGCGGUGAUGCAAUGCAUCGCAGAGCUUCUAUGUCUAUGGCCAGUUCCAGGAGCAGUCCCCUUGUUUGUUAGGAAGUUUGUGGACAAAGAACUGGGAGACACUGUUGGCGUCGCAUAUUGGUAUACGUAUUCUAUAGGAUUCGCUGCCCUAAUCGCCACAUCUGCCAGUGUCCUCAAUUACUGGACCGUAGGGAUACAGGGCUUUAGUGAAGGGUUCGCCUACGUUGUCCUACCGUUGACACUCGUGGCAAUCAAUUCUGUCAAGGUUGAGAUCUACGGCUGGAUUGAAGUUGUCACGGGAGUUAUCAAAAUCAUUUUCUUAGCCAUUAUCAUUAUUUGCCUUCCUCUCGCUAUUUUCAAGUUUCCCAAGGAAACAGAAGAUGGUCCUAAAUCAACAGAUGCCAGUAGUAAUGCUACAGCACCUGUUAUCUCGAGGUCAAGUUGGGACAAUCCUUUCAGCCAGUUCAAUGACGGAGCAGCCGAUAAUUGGUUUGAAGCGUUUAUGAUGUGCCUGUCUCUUGCUAUUUUUGCAUACGCCGGAAUCGAGAAUAUUGCGGUUUCCGUCAUCGAAGCACGUUGGCCUUCCCGGCCAGCAACGCAACUAUCAAGCGGAAACUUGUCAGGAAUACAAGCUACUCAGGAUUUACCAUCGCCACCAAGAGCACCCUCACCUCAGAAAAGUAACACUGCUCGAGAUUCAGUCAAACGAACGAUUGGGUUCACGGCAGUAGUUCUACCGAUACUGAUUGCUUCUGCAUACACCGUCAGCGGACUGUUCGUCUCCCUGGGUCUUUCCAGAUAUGACUGUAAUCUUCAGAGGCUUAGUUGGCUGAAGAACGAAACGUGCGGGGGGCCAGAGACUCACGAGAAGGGUUUUACGUUCUCGCCUUUCAUUCUCAUCGCAAAAGCCUCGACUAUUAUCAACCUUGACCACGUUUUGAACGCUUUCAUACUCUUCACUGCACUUACAUGUGCUAAUACUAAUCUAUACAUCGCAUCUAGGACACUUUUUGGCAUCACCCGAAACAUCCGUUCUGAUGAGUCGAUGCCAGCAGCUUUGGCCUGGUUUGGUGUUACAAAUCGCGACAGAGUACCACUGCGGGCGAUGGUUAUCACUGCAAUCGCGUUUUCCUGGGUGCCUUGUCUUCAAGGAACUGACAGUUUCAAUACUGGCUUGGAUCUUGGCAAGUUUGUCGAGAUUCUUGUCCAGAUGGGGUCCGUCAGCAUCAUCAUUAUCUGGGCUUGCCUAUGCUUAGCAUAUGCCCGAUACCAUUACUGUAUUCAUAAGUUCCGCGACGAGCUAGCAGAGGACGGAAUCCGCCUAGCGGAAGAUCGCGAAGGUGAAUCCGAGGCCUACCCCUAUCAAAGCCACUGGCAACCAGUAUUAGCGUACGCAGCGCUCGGGGUCUGUCUCUUUAUCCUUUUUGUCUGCAAUGGGGUUUUCUUAUGGAAAGAAUUCCAUGUCUUCCCAUUCUUGACGGGGUAUCUGACGACUAUCUGUUUCUUUGGAGUCUGGGUAAUACUUAAGAUCUAUAAGCGAGCAUGGUCACCUUGGAAUAAGCUUGACGCGGAAGCUGCGAGAACUCUAAUAAAGGAGCUAAAUGAUUUGCGAGAUAUAUCCUUGGAACAGCCCGAGGAUGAUUCAGAGACUAGUCGAUGGGCUUGGAUUUGGAAAAUAUUUGGGAGUAACAGGAAUGUUGGAACUGGAGAAAGAUAAUAUAUAUAAUUAUUCUAC